AGGAAGUGCAUCCUUUCGCGAAGGUAAAUUUCCGUACCUGCGUCAGAGAGUCUGCCUUGUCUGCAGGUCCACCAGUAAGCAAAAGAAAAGGCAGAAGUUUCCAGCGCUCGAGCACUGUUCAGCUCAGAAUCAUUCAAGACUGGAUGUACAAAGAACGAUAGUCCUGCCACUAGUGUAUCAGCCACAUUGCAUUUUUGGAACGAGACUAUACCAUGCUGCGCAGGUUGUUUCACAUUUUCGUCGCAUGGAAUAAGACAGCUGCUGUGGGUCCAUCCCAUCAGGCCUGGGUUCACACCUGCCAAGAAAAGACCAAAAACGAAGCCUAUGUCAAGACACAGAAAUCCAGAUCAUCCAAUCAAGUUCCAGACAUUCUCAGAGUCAAGGUAUCACGCAAAGUAGUCAAGGUGGACCCGAGGACCAGCGUCACUCGGCGGUGUCCCGCACCCGUAGGGUACGGUGGCACAUAUUCGAGGAGAGAGCAGAGGCGCGAGAUGGAAUAACUUCAUGUUUCGCAUGUCUCCCUGGAUGACUUCUACCGACCGCUUCCGCUGCCCUGGUUUUUCAGGUUUCCGUACUUGGCCGUUUGUUUUCACCAUAUGAGUGUGGUGCCCUGCCGUUUCCACGUUUUUAACCUGAUUGUCUUCACCUACCCCCCGGGCUCGGACAUAACUAAAGCGACGAUUUGUCCGAUUAUCAUCUGUUGGUCGCUAUGAUUGGGACGCGGGGAUUCUAAGUGAAGGGGGGUGCCCUAACACUGCAUAACCCUACGCUAUUAUCUGCAGUCUUCAUUUCCACAAUACUAAACUUACCGCCGUGCAGAUACUUACAAGGCAACUGUUGGUUCAUCUCCAGAGAACGAGCAAGCUGGUGGGGCUUUAAUGAUACAGUAAUCCCUUCAGGUUGCGGCAGGGACUGUCCCUCGUGGAGGGGGAAUAUGAGCUUUUCGACGGAAAUAUUGAUGUCAUCUGGG